AUGUCAAGGCUGGCCUUUGGCAAUGCGAACAUGCCAAAAAUAUGUCUACAGUCGCUGGUUCGACUGAUCGUGACAAUGGAGGACGACGCGGAGGUACGCUGGCACCUAUCAGAACUUCUCGACUACGAUAUUGUACCCCUCCUUGCGACCUAUAUCCGUAGCGAUGACUUUGAACUAGUGUAUUGGGCGCUAGGACUGAUGCAUGAAUUUGCCAUCAAAGGAGUUGCGUUGGAUGAUUUCAAGGAAACGCGAGGUCUUUGUCGAUCCAUUAAUAUGCUGCUGGCAGCGGAGGAAUCAUACAUUUCACGAAUCGUGCUGAGAACACUUAAGUUUCUGAUGCUGCAAGACCCUUUGUUUCAACUGCAGGCGCUCAGUGCGGGGAUUGGACUCAGACUUGCAAAAUGUCUCGCAUCUAAGGACGACGAUGUGAAAUAUUGGGCACUCGGCGUGGCCCACGAGUUCGUACUGCACCCGCAAUGGCGCCGGCAGUUUAUUGACUCUGGAGCGUUUGCACAAGUCAUCAACAUCGGUCUCUCUUCUGUAUCCCGGAAACCUCUGAAGGCGGCUAGUGAGAUCUUACCUGCCAAGGAGUACAUUAUGGAUAUCCUAGUUAUGAUGUGGGGAUCCAGUAAGUUGAAUGUUUGUUAUAAUCCAAAAGUUCGGGUUAUGUGA